AUGUUGAAACAUCCAAUUUUUAUGCAUUUCAGCCUAAAGGCUCUGGACUUGGUGACAUUGCGUGAGCUCGCCAAACGGGUCAAUGUAAUACCAGUGAUCGCAAAGUCCGACACAACAUGCAAGGACGAGUUGAUCCGUUUCAAAAAUAAGAUCAUCAGCGAGCUUCGCAGUCACAAAAUUGAAAUCUAUCAGUUUCCGACAGACGACGAAACUGUAGCACAGGCAAACGCAGACAUGAACAAUGCUGUACCAUUUGCUGUUGUCGGCAGUGUUGAUUUUGUAAAGAAAGAAAAUGGAAUGCGCGUACGAGCCAGAAGGUACCCUUGGGGAAUUGUAGAAGUGGAAAAUGAGCAGCACUGCGAUUUUGUGAAAUUGAGGGAAGCACUCAUCCGCACCAAUGUGGACUCACUUAGGGAGAGGACUCAUAACAUUCUGUACGAGAAUUACCGCCGUGAACGCUUGCGUGCUAUGCAUGUUGGAGACGGUGACACAGGGCCAAAAAUGGUGGAAAUCUAUACGAUGGUCAGUGUUUUGCGGAUUUUUCUACUCUUCUAACC